AUGGAUGAAGUCAUUGUAAAACAUGAGGAAAAUGGAACUGUUACAAUUGAGACUGACGUUUUUCCCGCUACAGCAUCCGAUCAUUCCAGUCAAUAUGUUAGAGUGACUUUAAUUGUUACACUUCCUGUCGGUUAUCCCAACAUUUCACCGACAGUAGAUUUAAAAAAUUCAAGGGGAUUGGAUGAUUCAGUAUUAGAUGUCAUUAAAGAAGAACUUGAUUUAAAAAUUAAAAAUCUCGUCGGAGAUGUUGUCGUUUUUGAACUUAUCGAAGUUGUCAGAGAACAUUUAACGGAAAGCAAUUUGCCAUCUUGUCACUGUGUUAUAUGCUUAUAUGGAUUCUCCGAAGAAGAUCAAUUUGUUAAAACUCAAUGCUAUCAUUAUUUUCAUUCCUACUGUUUGGCUUGCCACAUUAAAUCUAGCGAAAGAAUUUUUAAGGAGGAACAAGAGAAAUUACCUGCUUGGCAAAGAACAACUCAAUUUCAACAAAGAUGUGCAGUUUGCAGAGAAGUCAUUUCUGUAGAUAUUGAUAAUUUAUCCAAAGCAGCACCACCGACGGAGAGGGAAAAUGCUAGAAAUUUUGAACUAGAUGAAAAUCUAUUGGCACUGCAAAAAAAAAUGGCGGCACUUUUUAAACAUCAACAAAGCAGAGGGGGAAUCAUUGAUGUCGAAGCGGAAGAAACAAAAUUAUUACUCGUAACUAGCCCCGUUUCGGAAAGCAGUGAAACAACCCCCGGUCCCAGCGUCACACAAAAUUCAGACUCCGUGAUUGGUGGUCACAAUAACGCUCGUAGAGAGUUUUACCGAGGGGGAAGAGGUGGUGGUGGAUUCAGAGGUGGAUUCGCAGCAUCCCGAAAAAGUCGAGGCCAUUUUUACUCAGCCUCCAGAUGA